UUGUGAUCCGUUUAGCGAGCGCCCCGCGUAGAAUUUGGAGUGGGUACUGCUGAUGCAGGAGCUCUCUCACAAUGAAACUUGUGCAAUUCAUUUCUCACGCUCUCGCCUCUUCUGUAAACCCUCUCCCUUUUAUCUAAUUCCAUAGGAUCCGAGCUCGAGUCAACUCGAGCUAACUCUGCUCCAAUCUCAUCGUCGUUCCAAGGAUAAGAGCUCCGAGGUUCGAAAGUUCGUAGAACUGGCCAUCUAAAUCUUCUCUCUCAAACCAGGUUUUUCAGCUCCUGAUUGUUAAUUUUUUUUUUUUUUGUGGUCCUUUUCGGCUUUCCUCUUCUUAGACACCGAUUAUUGUCGAAAUUGGUUUAUCUUCGAACUCGGAAUCGCUGUGGCUUCAAAUAACCCUUUUGGUGAUGGUCGUCCAUUCCUAUUUGCGCGGUUCGACAUUUAUGGGAUUGGGAACUUUGAUCUAGGUUCUCGAAUUGGGACGGAGAAAAGCUGUUCUCUGAGAUGGGUUAUUCUGUAUAGGUAAUAAAGGUGCGAUUUUUCCAUCUGGGUUUGCUGAGUUUGAGAUGGGGAAAGAGCCAUCAAAUCUGGGUUUUGGGGUUGAUUUGAUUUUGGUCAAUUUAAAUUCUUGCUGUCUGAAUAACUGUACCCUAGAAUAAUUCGGCGCUUUGCAUUUUUAGCUGGAUUUUGACGUGCUUUGUAUAGAGAGAGAGUUCUUGAUCAGUAGUUACUCGAUUCCUAAAGUAAAGGGUUGUGAUGGCGGAAGAGACAUCUGGUUUGAUGAACCUUGAUUUGAAUUUGGGUCCUAUUCCUGAGCGAGGCUCAGGAUCCAUCCCUGGUGAAGCUGUGAAUUUGGAUGAUUGGAUUGAAGAACCAAUUCGCGGGCACAGGGAAGCUGCUCGCAUAAGGGCUUGGCCACGGUGGAGAUGGCGACAGGCACCUGAGUCUCAGAACAUUUCAAUGGAGUUGAGUGAAUUGAUAGAUAAUUCUGUUGAUGGGACUUCACUGCAAGCAGGCGAGGGUAGUGUUGCUGCCGAGGAGAGAGCGAGUGAUGUCCCCAAAGUUUGUGAAAAUAAUACCAACUUUUUAGCAGAUGGAGCGACAGAUAAGGACAAUGUUGCAAAGAAUAAUGGGACUGACGGGAGUUUCUUCGAUUGCAACAUAUGCUUGGAGUUGGCAAGAGACCCUGUUGUUACUUGUUGUGGCCACUUGUUCUGCUGGCCAUGCCUUUUUCGAUGGUUACAACUUCAUGCAGAUAUCAAGGAAUGCCCAGUUUGCAAGGGAGAAGUCACAGUUAAGAACGUGACACCAAUAUAUGGCCGUGGGAACAACAUUCAUGAGCCUGAGGAAGAUCCAAGUCUUAAAAUUCCUGUUAGGCCCCACGCACAUCGUGUUGAGAGUUUGAGGCAGACCAUUCAUAGAAAUGUUCUCAACUUCCCAAUGGAAGAGAUGAUCCGACGCCUUGGAAGUAGAUAUGAUUUGACUAGAGAUUUGUUUCAUCUGCGAGACUCUGAUGGUACUCGUGAAACAGGUGGGAGAACUGCUUCCUUGAUAGAUAGGUUUUUAACUUCUCAGAGGAUGCGCAGAGAACAGAACACGGUUGUUCCUCCUGAUGAAAUAGUUGACUUAACACAAAAUGAGACCACAAGCAUUGAGAGUGGUGAAAGCCGCCGGUUUCACUCGCUUUUACUUAGAAGAUCACAAUCUCAUAGAAAUGCAGAAAUUUCUUCUCUUCCGACUGCACUUGGUCCUGCUCCAACCUUAGUGGAAUAUUUCCGCAAUGGUACUUUAGGAAGAAGCCAGGAGCAGCCUCCUCCAGUUGAUGAUAGAGAUUCUUUUUCAAGCAUUGCUGCUGUUAUAAACUCAGAAAGUCAGGUGGACACUGCUGUAGAGAUUGAUUCCAUGGUCUCUCUUUCAACUUCAACUUCCAGAAGGAGAAAUGAUGUUGCUCGACUUUCAGAUUUGGACAGUGGGGAUUCUCGUGCACCCAGAAGAAGACGACUAAACUGAAGAUGAACUUACCUUGUUGCAACAGUUUCCUCAAAAGUUUGACUUUGUCUGUACACCAGAACCAGGAAUGUUGGCGAGUCACAAAUUUUGAUGGAAUGUGGGUUCCGAGAUCCUGUAGAUCCUCAUGAAAGUCCAGUCUCUGUUAUUAUGUCCGAGGAUAAAUAUGUAAUUGCUGUUCUUUUGCCAAUCCGUAUCAUAAAAUGUUGUUUUUGUCAUGUACUCUCUUGCUAGAAAGCUACUGGUGUGCCAAUAAGGAUCAGUUGACAUCCUAUCAUUAGAUAUAUUAUCUGCUAAGUUAUGCAAAUAAUGAAUGUUCAGAUCAGGUUUCCUUCUCCUCUGUGGUUACUAUUGUAUAUGCUUUGUUUGUUUGAAUCCACAUGGAAUACCAAGUUGU